UAAACUGUCAAACGCUUGCCGAUGUAAACAAAACAAGUUUCGCACCCCGGUGCCGUACAGGAAGCACACGAGAGAACGUACUUUACCGAUAAAACAACGAAAAUUUGCUAUCAUGACGCUACCCGAGGCGCUUCUGAAGCGUCUUGCCAAGCGUGGCAUCAUACCGGACGGGGCCGGUAAGCAAAACACUGCCGGAACGAACGAUUCGCAUCCAGCGAAAGGAGCACCGUCUACGGCGGAAGGUGACUCGGACCGUGACCACCGGGAGCGUGAUUCCGAUGCUUCUAGCGACCGCGAUUCGGACGACCACGGCGAAAACGACGAUGACGAGGAGGACGAUGAGCUGGACGAGGAGCGCCGUGAGGCGGACGCGGUGAACGAGGAAAUCAUCGCGGAAGACUACGACGAGUACGAUCAGGUGAAUCCGGACUCGUUCGAGUAUGCGGCGAAAAAGAAAAGCAACCCAGCGCAGGACUGGACGGAAAAGAUGAAGCAAAAGAUGACCAAACGGUACGGCUACCAGUCGGUGGAGGCGUGCCAGAACAAGUACAACGUGUACCAUCUCUGCACGAUGUACUGCGUCAAGCGGUACGGGGAGGCGGACUUCGAGAUCGAGAAGGACUACGACAAGCGCGUCAAGCGGCUGCUCGAGCGCUACCCGCUGCCGAAGAACUGGCGCAAGGAGUACGACGUCGGCUGCAAAGCGUUCUACUUCUACAACAAGGACACGCGCAUUGUCUCCUGGCUGCCGCCGACCCAUCCGGAUGCGAAGCUGUCGAAAAGUGCGAAAGUGCUGCGGCGCGAGCUGAUGGAAGAGCAGAAGCAGAAGGAGGCGGCGAGCGAAGCCGUCCCGCCAACGGUUGUGGUGGAAAGCUAUCCACCGGCGGCAGCGCCACCGGCCAAACCGUUGAUCGGGCCGGCUAAUACUGGCGCCCAGCUGCCACCGGUACCGCCGGUGGGACUGGAAAAUCUUAAACCACCCGUUGUGAACCCCCCGAAACGACCGCCAAAGCCAUCGGGUAGUGGACGGGAGGAUGAGAAGCGAUCGCGCACGUUCUCGUCCGGUAAUGAUGCCGGGAAUGAUACGGGCAUGUCCGAGACGGAUCGGGAUCGCGAGUAUCGGGAGCGCAAUCGAGAUAGAAGGGACCGUGACCGAAGAGAUCGCGAUCGCAGUCCAGCGCCGAGGGGUGAUGACAAUCGUUUCGGCAAUCGCGAUCGAAACCGUGAUCGUGACCGCGACCGGGACCGGGAUCACCAUCACCGUGACCGUCGUCCACCGCGUGGACCCCCCAAAUCCGCCCCACUCGACCCGAUGGAUCCGGCUGCCUAUUCGGACAUACCGCGCGGCACCUGGUCGGCCGGGCUGGAGCAGCCCACGUCGGGAGGCUCGAAGAAGGAAAAGGACGUCGGCAAAAGCAAACACUCGCGAGCCGGCGAUGAAGAUACCGACGGUGGACGGACGGCUGCGGACGGUGACGACGGGGAAGGUGCCCACGAGGUGCUGAAGAUUUCGGCCGUGAAAGAAUUCCACCAGGAAGACAAUGACGACGAUGAGGAUGCGGAUUGAAUACCAAUAGAUUUUUACCUAUUUCCACCUAUUGACGAAGUGCGCAUCAGCCCUUGCGUUUUGGAUGCGCAAACAAGCCGCUGUUUUUGGCUCAAUCGAACGAAAUGCAGCUAGAGGCGAAUUGAGAUGUAUCAUUUCUUUAUUUUCUAUGUUUUACGAUUGAAAUCUAUCUAUUUGCCGAACAGUUUGCCCGUUUGCCGAUCCUUAGGAUGACAGUUGCUGGGCUGUGUGUAGUAUCUUUCGUCGCGGUUUGCACUUGGUUUCCGUUGCGUUUUCAUAAUACAUACAUCCUAUUAUAAGCCUACGCCGCGCAGUGUACACGGUGUUUCCAGCUUGCCGCUGUCUCUGCAUAUUGCGCAUGUGUGUGUAGAGGUGAAAUCUUUAACCGUGCAUUAACAUUUACAACAGCAAAUAUAUAGAGAAACGGAGCGAAAACGGAAACAACGGCAACAUGCAUCCUGUCUUAUCAAUACACAACACGAAAAAGAAAAAGAAAAAAAACGUUCACAUUUGUCAUAGAAAACAUUUCUAUAACUUUUUUUCUCUCCCAAUCUUAUUGGUUGACACACUUGCUGUCCUUUUACUUGUUUUGAAGGAUAGAAAGUAUUUUACGUUCUUUUUUUUAAUGCUACAUUUGCGCGUCUAGAGGUAGCGCUGCUUGCACAUGGUUUUUUGUUUAUGUUUAUGGCGAUUUUUUCUCUUACUAUAUAAUCUCUCCCGCAAGUGUUUGGGGUUCGUCUCCCUCAGGGGUGUCCGAACUGGUCAUUUUCAUCAAUUUUCCCUCAGUAUUUUAUCUAUGACACGAAAUACCCUAGAAAACCUUAUUGGCCAAUAGUAUGAACGAUUAAAAAAAAAACAAUACAGUUCUCGUAGUCGUCGGCACAGGAGAGUGUAAAAUGUAAAAUAAAUUCAACAAUUGUACAUUACAACAGACUCUAGUAGUAGUAGUAGCAAUAGUGGGAGCAAAUGGGGCAUGGGGAUUCGUUGCACAAGUUAUUGCACUCUUAGAAGAUAAAAAAUGGUUUAAAGAGUUGCCCCGGCAUUCUCCAACAGUCGCUUCGACCUAUUGCAAACCUGCACUUGGCUGUCCCCUGUAUUGCUACUAUUUCCCUAUAAAAGAAAAACGUUCAGUAAAAAAACGAAAUGAAUAAAAUCUAACAACUACGUACCCUAA